AUGUUGGCUUCGGCGUCGUUUCCGCUCCGCAGUGCUCGUCGCUUGUGUCCUUCUCUCUCUGCACGCUUGAACUCGUUGUCUGCCUCGCGCUCCACCUCCAGUCAUGCUGCGUGUCCAGUGAAUCAUGCGCGGAGAGCCUUCUCCGGCGCCUCCCAGUUCCACCGACGAGGGCUUGCGAUGCACCCGGGUUCCUUCUUUCGGUUGUCUCUGGCUCGUUUGUCGACAGGGUCCCUUCCAUCGUCUCCACCGGCGUCUUCAUUCUUUCGCGCGCCCUCCUCUGCGUCGCAUUCUGGCUCUUCUGCGAGCGGCAGGCCUUCGUCGGAGGCUGGGAUCGCUGUGCAACGCAUUCGAGACUCUGAUCUGUUCGCAGUUUUCCAGAACGCCGCGGAGGCUCUAGGCGCGGCAGGAGACGACGCGGGCGCUCAGAAUAAGCGCGGGCGAACGGUGUCCACUCAGCGGCUCUUCCAAGCCCUGGUGCGGUCCGGUAUUCUAGAACGAGAACUUGCUGGCGAAGCCAAGGAGACAGUGAAAGCCAAAAACGCGCCCGCUGUCGAGUUCCGGCAGCUCUGCGAGUUCUACGAGAGCGGACGUUUCUACGAAAACUGGGGAGGAGGCGCUCGGAUUAUGAAGUUAUUAGGUGUCAAAGGCCUUGCGCCUCCUGGCGGGAACUUGAAAGGGGGAAUCAUCGAUGCCACGCCAAAGAGCAUGAACUACGAAGAAUUCAGAGCUUUCACAAACGCUGUGCGCGUUUGGUUGCGCGACGAAGUCAGCCCUGUGCCUCUCAGCGGCCGCGUGAUGAGGGCAACGAACAAUUCGGCUCGUGUCCUCCCCUGA